AUGAAAACGCUAAAUACGGUUGAAGAAGUGAGAGCAUGGAGGAAACAAAAUGAUGUCAGGAACGAGAGUGUUGGAUUUGUUCCUACGAUGGGCUGUCUUCAUGCAGGCCAUGCAUCGUUAGUUGAGCGUUCGGUUAGAGAUAACAAGUUCACUGUGGUUUCCAUAUUUGUUAAUCCAUCUCAGUUUGCUCCAAGUGAGGAUUUGGAUAAGUAUCCGAGGACUUUAGAGAAGGAUAAGCAAUUAUUAGAGAGUCUUGGAGUUGAUGCGGUUUUUGUUCCACAAGCUCAAGAUAUUUACCCUCGUGGCAUUCCUUUAGAUGUUUCUAAGCAGACGGGGCCAUUUAUUAGUGUUUUGGGGUUGAGUGAGAAGCUUGAAGGGAAGACAAGGCCGAAUUUCUUCCGUGGGGUAGCGACUGUGGUUGGGAAAUUGUUCAACAUUGUUCAGCCAACAAAGGCGUAUUUCGGUCAGAAAGACUACCAGCAGUUUGUGGUUUUGCAGACUAUGGUGAAGGAAUUGUUCUUUGAUAUUGAGUUAGUGAUGAUGCCAAUCAAAAGAUCAGAUACUGGGUUGGCUCUAAGUAGCAGAAACAAGUAUCUCAGUGCUGAAUCUGUAGCAAUUGCCAGUAAUAUCUACAAAGGGUUGGAAACUGGGAGGGAAGUUAUCCAAAAGGGUAAACAGAGCCCCAAUUCGGGCGAUAUCAUUACUAGAGAUGUGGUGAUCAAUGCUAUUCAGGAAGUGUGGGAGCCGUUCUACAAGACAAAGGACUUCAAAUUGGAUUAUAUUUCUGUUGCAGAUGCGGAAACUUUAGACGAAGUUGAAACACUUUCCGGUUGCAAAGCGAACCUGGUAAUCAGCUGUGCUGUUUAUGUCACUGAUAGAGUUGAUAGCAGCGUUACUGUGAGGUUGAUUGACAAUGUGCUUGUACCUGCGCAGUAG